UCGCUUCCUCGCUUUCCUAAGCUAAACAUUUGCAUAGCUACAAUGCUGGAGACUUUUUUCAUACAUCUUCGUUCCUACUGUCAUGUGCGGUCUUAGCGCUGUCGCGUACUAUGGCUCCGCUUCUCCGCCGAGAGACCUGUGCGCUCAGAUCGAAGCGUCGCUGACGAACAUACACCACCGAGGACCCGACUCGCAAGGCAUCUACCUCUCUGAGGAUGGACGUGUCGGUCUGGGACACGCGCGGCUCUCAAUUAUCGACCUUGCCACAGGACAGCAGCCGUUGUCCGACGAGACGGGUGGGAUCCAAUGCGUUGUGACCGGCGAACUCUACGAUUAUGCGCGUAUCCGAGCCGAGCUAGAGGCAAACGGGGCAGUGUUCAAGACACACUCGGACUCGGAGCUCGUUGUUCACCUAUACCAGCAGAACGGAUUCAACCUCUUGCACUCACUCCGCGGCGAGUUUGCCUUUGUGUUGUACGACGCGACGCGCAAGCUCGUCUUCGCCGCGCGCGACCGGCUUGGGAUCAAGCCGCUGUACUACACUGUGUCCGACGAGCGCCUGCUCAUCGCGAGCGAGAUGAAGGCGUUCCUUCCGCUGGGCUGGAAAGCCGAGUGGGACAUCCACAGCAUUGUGCACUCGGGCGAUGUAUCGGACGAUCGCACCGUCUUCAAGGGCGGGAGGAAGCUCAACGCGGGCAUGUCCCUGCUCUAUCGCCCGGCGUCGGGAUACCUCAAGGUGCAGCCGUACUGGGACCUCGACUACACGCCAUCCGCGGUCCCGCAGACAAUCGACGAGAUGGUCGACGGCGUGCGCGAGCGGCUCGUCAGGGCGGUCGAACUGCGUCUCCGAUCGGACGUGCCGGUGGGCGUAUACCUGAGUGGGGGUAUCGACAGCUCCGCUGUCGCCGGGAUCGUAACAGAGCUACUGCGGAAGGAUGAUCCGAAUGCGCGGAUUGCGACGUUCACACUCGCGUUCCCCGACGCCAAAGACAACGACGAGGGCCCGAUCGCUGCUCGUACAGCCGAGCAUCUGGGCGCUGAAUCGCACAUGGUCAACGUCGACGAAGCUGCGCUCGUCGAGGCGCUCGAGGCGACUAUCUGGCACACCGAGCAAGUGAACUUCACAUUCCAGGGCCCCGGAAAGUUUCUUCUAUCGAAGUACGUGAACGAACAGGGGUACAAGGUUGUGCUCACGGGAGAAGGCGCGGACGAGUUCUUCGGCGGGUACCCCUGGUUCCCGAUCGACUAUCUCCGGCCCAAACGGGAUGCCGAUCUUGGCGAUGGGGAAGAUGUCGUGGACAGAUGCGAAGCUAGGCAGGGAGAUGCUCGGGGGAUCUCUUGCCACCGCGCCUAUGCGUCUGCGGGGACUGCUGCCUCGGAGCUGUUUGACACGCGGGCUCUGGCGAUGACGGGAGAGCCCGACAUCACGCUUUCGAUCGCGGAGCAUAUCGACGCGCGUGUCCGGGAGAAGGCGGUCUCUGGUGAAUGGCACGCGCUGCAUGUCUGUUCUUAUGUUACCGCGAAGACAAUCCUGCAGAACUCGAUCCUGAAUCAAGUGGGUGAGAGGAGUGAGAUGGCCCAUUCUGUCGAAGGACGACCACCGUUCCUCGACCACCAUCUCGUUGAUUACAUCAACGGUCUCCCUCCAUCGGUCAAAGUCCGUCCAAUCAAGGGGGGCUUCACAGACAAAUGGCUGCUACGAGAGGCAGUCAGACCUUUUGUGCCGGAAGAAGUCUACAAUCGCAAGAAACUGAUGUACAAUUCGCCUGCUGCAAGGCGAGAGGCCGGGACGCGAGUCUGCGUCCCUUCCAAGCGCAUGUCAAGGCGCGGAUUACGCAGGAGGCUAUCGAGCGGCUCGGACUUUUCCGGUGGUCCUACGUCAAGGAAACUUUGAAUGGAUAUCUCACCGAUGCGGUAUUUCCAGCAGAUGGUGGUUUGGACCCACGUGCGCAGGUACUCAUGUACAUUCUUAGCUUUGUCGUGUUGCAGGAGCGCUUCUUUGUCGCAAAGUGGGGUGUAUAAUUAGUUGGCGUAAUGCAUGCUCUAGAACAUCGUGUUUUCGGGCCGCUCAAAGUCCCUCGAGAACAAGGACAGCCAGCGAGCUUCCCGCGCUGUAAGCAUCGUAAGCUCACAUUCAUCUUGUUACCCUAGAAGCAGGAACGUGAAACCUGUCCUGGGCAUCUGCGCCCCCGCGAUCUGAUCAGUCGAUGCUAUAUAACCGCGGCACGCGGAUGCUUACCGCCCCCAGUGCGAUAUCGACCCCUACCUCUCCCCUUACCCCAGAUGGCCGGCCCCGUAGGACCCCCGUCUUUCCCGCCCCUCGACACGAGUCUCGGUGCUAUCGAGAUUGGCGGGGUCGUCAGUACAUUCCUGUUUGGGAUCGUGACUCUGCAGGGUACUACUACUUCCGCCAAUUCGAGGACGACUCGAGGUAUCUCAAGGCCACGGU